CACUACUGAAGAAACCGAUGUGACCGAUGAUGCAGAAACAACAGAUACCAUACCUGAUGAUUGGGAUCCACCAGGUGUGCCAACUAUUACAACGCCUCCGAAUCCAUAAAAAAGUUGAACUAGUAUUGUAAAUCACAAACUUUUAAUAUAAACAGGUGAUGCAAAUUAAUUAAACUUUAUUUCUUAUUCCUAUGCAAAUUCUGAGAAGUUUAUUUUUUUUAUCUAACAUAAUGAGUCAGUUUGUAUUUCAAGGUGCUUACUCGGAAAUUGUCAUCUUCUAAAUUUUAUCACUAUGACGUAAUUGCUACUUUUUAUUGGAUGUCUCUUGAAUUGUAUUGUCUUACAAAUUUUGAAUUUUAAAAAUAAUAAGAAAUGAAAAAUUAGGUUUUUUUUAUUUUACUAACAGACAUAAAUAGUUUUUUAAAAAAUCAAUAAUCGUCCUCGAAGACUCUCAUUUGAAUAUUUUUCUUGACUAAAAGCACAAUAUUUUUAUAAUGAUUGAUCAUCAAUACUCACUCCAAAAACAAAUCCUAGCAGGUUUUCAAGGUUUUAACCCGAUAACAAAACAGGAUUAUUUUUAAAAUUCAAAAUUUCAGUUAUUUAGACAAAAAAAAAUGUAAAAUUAGCAUAAGAAAAUCUUUCAAAGACAUUUACAAUUUACAAUGCUUCCGCUGUAUCGCGUUUCAGAUUGUUCAUCAAAUUGACGGGUAAAAGAUUUUUGAAUUUUUUAUCAAAUACAUCUACCUUAUCUUUCACACAGUUGAACAGGUGAAAUCACGAGGGAUAAAAUAUAAAGCAAAUAUUUCUCACACAAAAUGUUGUAAAGUUAAAUUUUAAAAAAUCUUAUGUGAAUGUAGUAAACCCAGUAAAAAAUAGUCAUAAAUGUUCUCUUGUUUUACGGUCAGUUGACAAUUUUAAAUAAAAUAAAUUAUAUAUAUGCAGCAACCUAUAUAUUUAAGAUGUUUGGGACACAGCCAAGCAUGGCCAAUCAAGUAAACAGAAUACACAUAUUUCAACCUUGACGAAGAGGGUAAAUUUUACACAUGUUUGUAUUAUAUUUUGUAGAUAAAAAAAUAAUUGUUAUCAUGUGCUGAAAAUCAAUACUCGCGGAACUUUUGAAGUAAUGUACUUCAAUGCAGGAGGAUUUAAACGGGAUUUACCUUAAUGCCUAGUAGCAUAAAUACGAGGAAAUGCGAUAACAGAAGAUAUAGUGAAAAAAUAUUUGUAAGUAUUUCUUUGUACAUAGGAGUAGUACACAUAUCAUGUUAUUAAUUGUUGUGUUAAUUUCCUUGAGUGUCACAUCAUUGUUCAAUUUAUAAGCUUUAGUAGAGAAAAAAUGUGGUUAUAGCUCGGAGGCUCACAGGUUUUAUAUGUUGCUGCCAAGAUCAAUGUGUCGCAGCAGCGUGGUGUUGGUGGAGCAACACACAUCACUUAUGCAAAUUGGACAGUCUGUUGGAGGCUCAGGUUGACGCUACAAAUCAGUAUCAAUCUGAAUUUCAGACAUGUGGGAUUACUUUAGAGCCAGAGUGAAAAUCUGGUCAAUUUUUCUUAUACUCUUCCUCCAGCUAUCGCAUACAAAUUCAGAAUCAAUCCUAAGAGGAUGUGAUAUUCCAAAUCAAGAUGAAAGAGGAGUAUGCAGACCUACCAGUGACUGUAAAGCGUACCGAGAAUUACUCAAUGAAAGACCAUUGAAAAGUGAUAAGAUUAAUUUUCUGAAGCAAUUGCAAUGCAAUGAAGAAAAUUCCGUAUGCUGCACAAAUGAAGAAAAAUAUGAAAAUCCGGCUAUUGAAAAUGAUCCAAGCACAAAGAAGGAGAGAGCUCAUACAGUGAGUUUUGAGACUCGUUUCGGUGGUGACGAAUUACCCACCCUCAAAGAAUGUGGAAAUUUCUUAGGAAAUAAAAUUAUUGGUGGAGAAAUUGCUGGUAUCGAUGACUACCCCUGGACAGCGUUGCUUGUUUACGAAUCAAGUGCCGGCUCAAAGCCUCAAUUUGGAUGUGGAGGAGGUCUAAUUUCACGGAAUUAUGUCUUAACAGCUGCACACUGUGUUACGGGCCCAAUCACAGAAACAAAGGGAAGCCUAAUGCGCGUUCGUUUGGGUGAGUACAAUACAGAAACAGCUGAGGAUUGUAUACAAGAAGUUGACGGACUGGAUUGUGCCGAUCCACCGGUGGAUAUUGAUGUCAUGAAAGUAAUUCCUCAUCCGGACUACAGCUCAGACACUCGUCACAAAUAUCAUGACAUAGCGCUCAUCCAACUGGCCAAAGCAACAAACUACACCGACUUCAUUCAGCCCAUUUGCUUACCAAUGAAUGACCUCGCCACUGGAAUCAUGAAUGGAAACAGUCUCACGGUCGCCGGUUGGGGCAGAACUGAUAUGUUCCGAGAAACACGCGGCUUUCAACCGAGCCCAGUUAAAUUGUUCGUCAAGCUACCAAUUAUUGAUAUAUCGGCAUGCUCUCGUGCCUACCGACCAUCUAGACUGGUACUGGGUCCUGGUCAGGUGUGUGCCGGUGGGAAAAAAUCGGAAGAUACCUGCCCAGGCGACAGUGGUAGUCCACUUAUGUAUUUCAGCCGAAAGGAUGGGAAAUGGGUGUGUUCGGGUGUCGUGAGCCUGGGUCUCGAUGAGUGCGGUACUGAUGGUAUCCCUGGAGUAUACACCCGCGUAGAUACCUACAUGCCAUGGAUACUCUCAACUAUCGGCGCAGACUAAUUAUAUUCCCACACCAUAUAACUCGGGGCUAAUGAACUCAUCCUGCACUCAGUCUGCAUCCUUCUUUCAUCCAUUUCGGCAUCCUUUUUUACCUUCCUCUUUUUUUUUCAACUAUUAUUGUUGGUUUUUUGCAGACGCACCACUCAUUGUACUCAAAGCGCACCUAAUUAGAUUUCAGUAUAUAGCCUUCCUCUUGACAAAAAAAAUCAAUUUAAUAAUGUGCAUUUGCGAUGAAAGGACAAAAAAAUGUCACAGAACUGUUUUAAACCACCAACCCCAAAGAGGUUUUCAUUUUUUUUUGUACAAACUCCCUGUAUUAUGGUUUUUUUUAUUAAAAUUUUAGUCCCAAUAGGCAAAAAAAUCCAAUAAAUUGUUUUGAAACAAUAAA